GUGCGUGCGGAUUAUGGGCUGUGAAGUGGUUGAAUGAUUGCCGUAUUGAGCAAAAUUACUUUUGAGGAGCCAGUCAAAACUCGCAUAGCACAUGCAACAUGAUUACCCAUUUGGCAUUCCUACGAUGUUAGCAAAGGCAUAUUACGGGGUCAGGACUUUUGCGUUGCGGUGAAGCGACUCUACGGGAGCCGUUGCCGUGGGUGCUGUUCGGAUUCACCAUUCAGGUUGUAAGAUGUUGCCCAUACGGUGCAAAGCACCUGCAAAUCGACAAGUUGGCGGCUCGCGCUCGCACCAUCGGCGGGUGAUAUGCAAGGCGUUGGGUAGUUACGGGCCUUUGUCAGAACGCGACUAUGCACACCUGGAGGCCGCUGCUCGGCUGUCGGAGAGCGCAGCAGGCGUCACCCAGCCGCACCCCAACGCCGCAUGCAUCCUGGUGGCGCCCGACGGCCGGCGGCUGGCGGGGACAUACCAGCGAGCGCAGGGCACCCCCUCAGCAGAGGUCCAGGCGGUCUCCGCAGCCGGCCCCGCGGCGCGCGGCGCCACCGCCUACCUCAACCUGGAGAGCGGCGACUGUCACGGGGAGGCCGCUGCGGUGGAGGCGCUGGUGGCGGGCGGAGUGGCGCGGGUAGUGGUGGGGCUGCGGCACCCGCUGCGGCACCUGCGCAGCAGGGGGAUAGCGGGGUUGCGGGCGGCGGGGUUGCGAGUGGACGUUCUGGCGGACGAGCUCGCCAUUGGUCGCAACGGCCUCCCCUCCUCCUCUUCCUCUUCCUCCUCCACGUCCUCCUCCACCUCCUCCUCUCCCGCCCUCUCCGCCCUGGCCGCCUGCCUCGCCGCCAACGAGCCGCUGCUGCACCGCGCGGUGCUGCGGCGGCCGCUGGGGCUGCUCAAGUACGCGAUGACGCUGGACGGCAAGAUCGCGACCAACCUGGGGCACAGCGCCUGGGUGUCCAGUCCGCAGAGCAGAGCGCUCGUGUUCGAGGCUCGUGCGCGCUCGGAUGCGGUGAUUGUGGGCGGCAACACGGUGCGGCGAGACAACCCGCGCCUCACCACUCGGCGGGAGGGCGGGCACACGCCGGCUCGACUCGUCAUGUCGCGAACACUGGACCUGCCAGAGGACGCCAACCUGUGGGAUGUCACCCUCGCACCCACCAUCGUGCUCACCCAACGCGGCGCGCGCAGCCGCUUCCAGCACGCGCUUCGUUCUCGCGGCGUGGAGGUGGUGGAGUUUGACUUCCUGACGCCGGAGAGUGUCGCGGAUUACUGCCAGGAGCGGGGCUUCCUGCAGUGUUUCUGGGAGUGCGGGGGAACGCUGGCGGCACCCACCAUCGCCUCGGGGGUAGUGCACAAGGUAAUGGCCUUUGUUGCUCCCAAGAUCAUCGGCGGCCUGCGAGCUCCCACUCCGGUCGGCGAGCUGGGCUUCGUGGAGAUGACCCAGGCAGUGGAGUUGGUGGACACGUGCUGGCAGCAGGUGGGACCCGACCUCAUGAUCACCGGAUACAUGCCCUCAAGCGGCGGACUGUGGGCGCUGGAGGCGACGCUAGAAGCAGCCGACGAGGCGACAGCGGCUGACGCCGCCGCCGCCGCGGCGACGUCCGUACAUCUACCGUCAGUGGCGACGGCGAGUGCGGCGGCGAAUGCGGCGAGUGCAGCGACGCAGUCCGCGGCGGCGGCGAGUGCGGCGCCGUCGUCAUCGCAGCCGACGGCCGCCGCCGCCGCACUGACAUCCACGUCGAUUGCGGCGAAGCGGCGACGAGGCUUGGGCGGCCCUCAAGGCCGCUCCGUCUCCUUUUACAAGGCAUGGGACCAGUGGGGCGCGCUUUCCAACUUCUCACCUCACCCCAUUACCAUGCCCGUAGACCCGUCGCAUGUCCUUUUGGCUUCCUCUUCCGCCGCCGCCGCCUCGACUUCCAUGGCCGCCGCCGCCACCGCUGCCGACUCGACAAUCGCCGUACGGCAAUGGCCCAGUGUGGAGCACUACUACCAAGCGCACAAGUUCUCAGGCGGACACCAGCCGGACGCGGCGGCGGUGAUGGAGGCCAUUGCGGCGGCGCCGUCGCCCGAGGAGGCUGCGCGCAUCGGUCGCCGUACGGAACGCACUCGCCCGGAGCUCCUGCGUCGCGACUGGGCCGCCGCCAAGGUCACAUUCAUGCAUGCCGCGCUUCGAGCCAAGUUCGAGACGCAUCCGGGGCCGAGGGCCAUGCUGCUGGCGACGGCAGGGUCGGCGGCGGCGGCGGCGGCGCCGUCGUCAGGGACAUCGGGAACUGCUGCCGUUGCCGCCGCUGUCGAUGCUUCGCAUCAACAGCACCAGCAGCAGCAGCAGCAGCCGGCGGUGACGACGCCGGGUGACGGCGGGUCGGCGUGUUUCGAGCUUGUUGAGGCGAGCCCGCAUGACUACUACUGGGGGGCGGGCUACGAACGGACGGGGCAGAACCGGCUGGGGCGGUUGCUGAUGCAGGUCCGAGACGAGUUGCUGUCAGAGGCGUGUGCUGCGGGAUGCAGCGCCGACACCGCCUGGCGCCAUGAGGAGGCGCUAGCAGUGGCGGAGGCGGCGAGCGCGGCGGCACCUGCGUCGCGGGGUUGACGCGCGCCGGAUGGCACGUGCGCGGAUGACACGGAUGGCACGCGCUGGGGUCUGGUGUCUGGCACUUGAGCCCUUUCACCCAACACCACUGAUACCGAGUAGACACGACGCCGCUGGCUUCCUUCCUCUGCUGGUGCCAUUCAAGGUGGUUCAGGGGAUUGCGGCGUGGCUCUUCUUUCCGCAUUGGAAACGGCUUUCCUCAUUGGAAGCACAGGGUCUGAGGGUGGGGCUGCUGCAUCAUGAUGCACACCCAUGCAGGUCCCUGCUGUGCGGCAUUCAGUUCGCAUGAUGUGUGCACUCCUCAUGUGUGGUCUUCGCGGCGCUGGGGUGCUGCCUGGGCUGUUGUAGGUAGUAGCAGCGGGUGCAAACAUGCGGCGGCAUGCAGGUAGGUGGCGAUAUCAUGUUGGCAUUAGCAGCAUGCAGUUAGGAGGCGCGUGCGUGAGCGCGAUUUGAGGGUUUGCACUGGCCUGGCGAGGCGCGCGCGCGCGGGGGUAAACCAACAAUUUGCAUUUUCGCCGCGUAGUGGCAGCAACCGGGCCUGUAAUGUUGCGUGGAGGGAGGUUGGUUGAUGUUCUUCUUCUUCUUACGGACAUGCGGCGAAGUGAGAGGACACAACUUCCCUGAACAAGCCUGAGCGAUUCUUGUCGAGGUCACAGCGAUGGCUGUGGCUGUGGUGGUGGUGGUGUUCGUGUUCCGCGCAACACAUCAGGACACAGCAGGGUCGCUGCUGAUGGAGGGAUACAUGCCCUUCGGAAGCCCUUCUACUAGGUUUGCAGCUGUGAAUGCGAGUCAUACUGCAGGAUGGAUGGGACGUGUGACAAAACCCAUCGGCGGCGGCGGCAGCUGCUGUUCCCCUUAACGCCCGGCUGCUGGGGUUGGUGCUGAACGUCACUCGGACGCAGUGCGUGGUACGAAGUGCGUGUCAGUUGGACUGAUUGAGUUCCAUCGUACAUGCCGCAGCUGCGUGUGCUUCUGUUUGCUGUGCUGUGCGCCACCACGUGUUUUCAUCAUCAGGAGUGAUGUAGCGCAGAGGCGGGUAGGGGUCCACACAGCAGUGUCUGCAUCCAAGGCAGGACAAGUAGGAGUAGUGCUUUGCCUUCUUCUCAGCGUGCGUGCGCCAGGAGGAGGAGGAGGAGGAGGAGGACCGGGAGCUGUGGCGUCGAAGGUGCACGUCCCCGCGUGGCACGUACGUGUGCUUAGCCGCGGUGUUAUAGUGGUGGGGGAAUUCAUCCCGAAUUUUAACAGUUCUGUGUGUCUUUUAACGUUUCUCAUGUCUCGAGAGACCAUGUAAGCAGGCAGGGGCGU